AUGGUCAACAACAAGAUCAACGACCUCUUCAACGUCACAGGCCUGGUAGCUGUUGUUACUGGAGGCGGAUCGGGCCUAGGUCUCUACGCUGCUCGUGCAUUAGAUGCGAAUGGCGCGAAGGCUGUCUAUAUUAUUGGUCGUCGAGAGACCACCUUAAACGAGGCUGCCAAGACUGCUGUCAAUGGUAACAUCAAGCCCAUUGUCGGCGACGCAAGUAAUAAAGCGUCACUCCAGAAAAUCGUCAAGCAGGUCCAGGAGGAGCAAGGCUUCAUUAACCUCUUGUUCGCGAACGCGGGUAUUGGUGGACCAAAAGAUGCCUCGUCACUGGGCGGCUCGACGGAGAAGAUGACCGUCAAAGAGUACCGCGACACGCUGUGGGGCAAUGCCGAGCCCGAGAACUAUACACAAACGUACCAUGUCAACUGUACGGGCGUCUACUACACUUCUCUGGCUUUCUUGGAGCUCCUUGACGCAGGUAAUAAGAAGCGCAACGUACCUCAGGAUAGCCAAAUCUUGGUUACGAGCUCGAUCGCAGGCUUCAGUCGUGCAUUAGCCUCGAGCUUUGCUUACAGCACUUCCAAAGCGGCUGUCAACCAUCUUGUUAAGAUGAUGAGCACUUCUUUUGCGCAGCAGGGGUUUCAUAUACGGGCUAAUGUUGUGGCACCUGGCCUGUAUCCGAGUGAGAUGACAACUAGUUCCACCUCGAACAUGGACAAGUUUGGCGGCGUGCCAGGUCAUGACGGUGCGUUCGCGGACGCUCAUGUGAUGGAUCCGAAGAGAUCUCCCUCAGAACGGACAGGCAGUGAACAAGAUUUUGCGGGGUUGAUUCUCUUCAUGGCGAGUCAGGCCGGUGCGUAUCUGAAUGGUGAAACGAUGGUGACCGAUGGAGGAAGAUUGGCGCAGCUACCUGCGACCUACUAA